AUGCAGAUCCGCGACGAAACGCAUAUCCGCGACGAAAUGCAGAUCCGCGACGAAAUGCAGAUCCGCGACGAGAUGAAAGAUUACCAUAAUGUCCUGCGCAUCGAGAACCCGCAGCGCCCCAUGGCGCCGCCAUUGCCCGUCGCCGUGUGCUUCAGUCACCUCCUCCUCCUGCUGCUGCUGUCCUCCUCGCACCACGCGCACGCGGCUCCUACAAUUCACCCGUCGCAAGUCUCCGUGCUGCGCCAGCUGUCGUCCGCGUGCGGGCUGACGUACACCUCGUGGGCGGAAGGCGCGGAUUGCGCCAAUGCCGCGGGGCUAACGUGCGAUGGCGCGGGGAUGAUUCAGAGCUUGUCGUUGUGGGAUGAGGGCAUGGAGUGCGUCCUUCCUAGCUACAUCAGCGACCUUAGUGCCCUCACAUCGCUCAAUCUGAGCAGCAACACCCUCACAGGCAGCCUGCCCUCCGCCAUCGCCAAUCUCACUCAGCUCAAGUACCUGGAUCUGAGUGUGAACAAGAUAACGGGCAGCAUACCACUGGAGAUUGGCAAUCUCUCCAGCCUUCUCUCCUUUGACAUGCGGUACAAUCAACUAACGGGUCUCAUCCCCAGCACCGUGGCACUCCUCUCCAACCUCACAUACCUCGACCUGGGCUCUACCCGCGAGUCCCCAUCCAGCAUGGACAUGGUCAACCAGCUCUCCGGUCCCAUCCCGCCUAGUCUCGGCACUCUCCGCAACCUCACCUUCCUAGGGCUCAGUUCCAAUCGCCUGAACGGGUCCAUACCAGCAAGCCUCGGUAGCCUCGCCAGUCUCUCGUACCUGGACGUGAGCAGCAACCAGCUGAAUGGCACCAUCCCGGCCGCUAUUGGCCGCAUGCGCAGCCUCAAACUCAUUGACCUCAGUGACAACUACCUCUCGGGCCCCAUCCCGUCCUCCAUUGGGCUUCUCUCCAAUCUCUCUUUCCUCAAGCUCGCCUCGAACCUACUCAACGGCUCUCUGCCUGCUACGCUCUUCAACCUCACACAGCUCGUGCAUCUCGAUGUGGGGUCAGUGAGGAAGAGGGUGUACUAUGCGAGUCAGAAGAACCAGAUACAGGGACCUCUGCCGGACACUGUUGGCAACCUCACUGCCCUCACUGCCCUGGGCAUGAGCAACAACCUACUCUCGGGUGCCAUACCUUCCUCCAUCGGCCGCCUCCUCUCGCUCGUCUACCUUGACCUACACAACAACAUGUUCAACGGGUCCAUUCCAGAUUCCAUUGGCAACUUGGCACAGCUCAAAACGCUUUUCCUGGGCGGCAAUGAGCUGUCAGGCUCCCUGCCUGCGUCCAUAGGCAACCUCUCCAACCUGCAAGUGCUUGCUCUGCGCAGCAACGGCCUGGGUGGGUCACUUCCAAGCUCCAUUGGUGGCCUUGGGAGCCUCGAAGAGCUUGAGCUGCGCAACAACAGCAUACAAGGCCCCUUGCCACCCACACUGGGCAACCUAAUCACCCUCUACUCCAUGAGCUUGGACAAGGCAGUGGGGUGUCCCAACGCUGACAAGUGCGAUGUGAAGCAGUAUCGCGGAUCAGAGUUCUGCGAUCGAUGCAUGCAAUUCUGCACAAUUUGCCCACAAUACAAUAAUGGGUGCAGCCGGCCUCCAGCACUUGAGUGGGGGUUGACAUACGAGGAUUGGAAGGUGGGGGGGGACUGCAACCGCGCGCCAUAUGUCUCAUGCGAUGAGGACGGCUUCGUGGUCUCCAUGUCCCUGAGUGGUGGUGUGACUGGCACCAUACCCACUGCACUCGGUGCUCUUACUCGCCUCCGUUACCUGGACUUGAGUAACAACGACCUCUCUGGGUCCGUUCCCGAUGCUCUCAGCACACUUACCAGACUCGUCUUCCUGUACUUAGAGAACAACGCUUUAUCUGGCAUCUUCCCGUCAAGCCUGUGCGACCUCCCUCUUCUCGAAUCCCUGUGGAUGCACCACAACGCGUUUGAGGGCGCUCUCCCAGACAUCAUCUCCGGCCUCUCACAGAUGAGAAGCCUGAACUUGGCGAGCAAUCAGUUCACGGGGCCUCUCCCAAGCACCAUCGGCAGCAUGGAACAGCUGCAGUACUUGGUAAUGCCAGAUAAUGCGCUAGACGGCACUCUCCCCUCAACCAUUGGCAACCUCGCCUACCUCGCCAUUCUUGACAUGAACAACAACAAGUUGAGUGGGGAGCUGCCGGUGUCCUUUGGCAGUCUCUUCGCGCUGCAGUACCUCUACCUGCGCAACAACCAGCUCACAGGAGCCCUCCCGGACAUCUUCCAAUACCUCCCCCUCUAUCACCUGGACUUGAGCAGCAACCAGCUCUCCUCGACCCUGCCCACAUCCCUCGGCAUGCUCGAUAACCUUGCCGUCCUUGAUCUGGGCAACAACCAGUUGACAGGACCGUUGCCUGCCACUAUCAGCGGCCUUACGAACCUGCAGCUUAUGUACCUGCCAUCGAAUCAUCUCUUGGGCCCGCUUCCAAGCACCAUUGGCAAGCUCAAGUCUCUCCAAGUCAUGCAUCUGAGUCGCAACUGGAUAGAAGGCGCCAUCCCCAGCACCAUCAGCGCCCUCACCAACCUCUGCCAGAUCAUUCUCAAUGCCAACGUGCUCAACCAGCCGCUACCAAACGCGUUCAAGAAGCUCACCGACUUGAACACUCUGAGGCUGGAGGAGAAUCAGCUGCCUGGAUCCAUUCCAGUCAGCAUCGGCAACUUGGUGUCUCUUACCGCGCUGGAUCUGCGAUGGAAUGAUCUCACAGGCACGGUCCCCGCCACUCUGGGGAACAUCACUUACCUUGAUAUCCUCAAUGUGGACACUGCGGACGUGACAUGUGGGGUGGGUGGCAGCUGCGAGGUGCAUCAGGUCUUGUGGUCUGCCUUCUGUCGCCUCUGCCCUGACUUCUGCUCCUCUUGCACCGAAAAAAAGGUGAACCCGCCAUGCAAGACAAGGCGCAGGGCGUGUCCGCGCAAGAAGGCAUGUCCCAAGGGCAAGCGCUGCAGGCCCUAUGUCCGCAGCUGCUUGGGCUACAAGUGCGUGUGA